GUCUUACAGAACGCCAAUUACUUAAAUAUGUUCGUAUCGCCGGAAAAGCUAAGGGGUCAACGGGUCAAGUUUUAUUACAAUUACUUGAAAUGCGUUUGGAUAACAUCCUUUUUCGGUUGGGUAUGGCUUUGACUAUUCCUCAAGCGCGCCAAUUAGUUAACCAUGGGCAUAUUUUAGUUAAUGGUCGUAUAGUUGAUAUACCAAGUUAUCGAUGCAAACCCCGAGAUAUUAUUACAGUGAAGGAUGAACAAAACUCUAGAACUUUGGUUCAAAAUCUUCUUGAGUCAUCUGCCCCCGAGGAAUUGCCAAACCAUCUGACUCUUCACACAUUCCAAUAUGAAGGGUUAGUCAAUCAAAUAAUAGAUAGGAAAUGCGUCGGUUUGAAAAUAAAUGAAUUGCUUGUCGUAGAAUAUUACUCUCGCCAGACUUAAAAAACCUAAGUGAAGUAAAAAAAAAUCACUAAAAACAAGAGUUCGGACAACUCCCCUUUGCCCGCUUUUUUGAUUAAAACUAAAAAGGGACAAGGUAAGGGAUUUUGUCGGGGAAUCUUUUUCCUAUUCAUGUAUCAUAGAUUGGUAGGGAGGUUUGGAUCCCUUGUUUGCUCUUCCCAGCAUUUUCCAUAGCAAAGAAAUGUAGAUUUUAUAUCUAGAAAAAUUGGAAGUAGAUAGAAUAUUUUUUUAUAAAAAACGAGUCCGCUUUUAUGUUAGUUCGUACUAUAAAAUUCCUUUGUUUGUGAGAAAAUUUUCUCACAAAAGAAAAGUUAAAGGAAAUAAAAAGAGUUAUAGAAUGGAUUACUACCUAUGCCAAGAUCGCGUAUAAAUGGAAAUUUUAUUGAUAAAACCUUUACAAUUGUAGCCGAUAUCUUAUUACGAGUCAUUCCGACAACUUCCGGAGAAAAAGAGGCAUUUACUUAUUACAGAGAUGGGAUGUCGGCUCAAUCUGAAGGAAAUUAUGCGGAAGCAUUACAGAAUUAUUAUGAAGCUAUGCGACUAGAAAUUGACCCCUAUGAUCGAAGUUAUAUACUCUAUAAUAUAGGCCUUAUCCACACAAGUAAUGGGGAACAUACCAAAGCUUUAGAAUAUUAUUUUCGGGCAUUAGAACGAAACCCCUUUUUACCACAAGCUUUUAAUAAUAUGGCUGUGAUCUGUCAUUACCGUGGAGAACAGGCCAUUCAACAAGGAGAUUCUGAAAUGGCGGAGGCUUGGUUUGCUCAAGCCGCCGAGUAUUGGAAACAGGCUAUAACGCUUACUCCUGGUAAUUAUAUUGAAGCACAGAAUUGGUUGACGAUCACGAGGCGCUUCGAAUAAGAACUUUUUCUUUGUUUCUUUUUUUUUUAUUCUAUAAUAUAUCUUUAUUUGUUUUUACAAUUAAUUGUUUUUUAGUUUCUUGGCCCUCUCGGUCAAAUAAACCAGAUUCUUUUUUCUAUCAGAAGAACCAAUCCCAGAAAAAAAUUUCAUUAUAUCCUUUUCUCAAAUCGUUCUAUUUAAUCUGGUAUUCUCUAGGGAUAAGUAGUACAUGAAUAUGAGAAUAUCUAUAAUAUCUAUAUCUAGUUUUUUCUAUUUUUUUCUUUUCGACUAUUAAAACGAAUAAAAGGGAUUUGAAAAUGACUAAAUAUCAAUACUAGAAUGUUUCUUAGUAAUGACUAAUAAGCGGUUAUUGAAAUAGGAUAAUAUCCUCUAUUUAAAACAUAAAAAAUAGGCUAUAUUUCGGAACUUAUAAUUGAAAUAUGAAUACACUAGAUUAGGUUAUAAAAAAAAAUUAUUUGUGUACCAAUACUAAUGUAAAGGUGCGAAAACGCUUUUUAA